AGUUGGCUGCACUUCCCACGUCGGUAACGCAAAUUUCUGACAACGCUGAAUAUAAACAACUUUAUAACGUGACGUGAUUGUUGAUAAUCAUCGAGUGUUAAAGUUUGGAUAACUUGAAUCCGCGUGAAGAUCUCAAUUUUUACCUUCUGUUUCCAACAUUUAUAUUUUAUCUUCUCCGAGAACGACUUUAUAAACUUUUAAAAAUGCCUAAAAGCGUGAAGGAUGAGUCUGAACUCGAAGGAGAUUCAAUGUCACAUGUUAGUAAUGACAGUCCUGGUAAUACAUCUUCUUCAGAAAGUAGCGAUGAACACAGUGAUGGGGAUUAUGCUUCGGAUAUGGAUGAAGAACUUUGUGAAAAAAUCAAAGAAGAAUGCUUAGAAAAUAUGGCCAAUUUGGAAAAGCAAUUCUAUGCUCUUCGGGAAAAACUUUAUGAAGAAAAAAUUCAACAAAUUGAUCAAAAUCUAAAAGAAGUAAAAGAAGAAAAAGAUGAACAAUACCUCAAAGAAAUAGCUGCUUUAAAAAAAGAUAUGGAUGAAAAAGAAGGAGUAGCCGCAAGAUUGAAAGCAUUCAAAUUAGAAAGUAUCGAGCAUGAGUUCCAAUCAGAAGAAUUAGCGGCUGGGCAAAAUUAUCGUAGUCAACAAGAACUAUUAUAUGAUGAAAUGACUAGUGAUAUUUUAGAAAAAAUUCGUAGACUUGAAGAAGACCGUAACAGUAGCGAUAUUCAUACUGAUUUAUGGUUACAUUCUAAUGGUAAAAAGAAAAAGAAAAAUACUCAAAAGAAGAAGGCUUUGUCUAUAUCUGGGCCUUAUAUCGUUUAUAUGCUUCAAGAAUCAGAAAUUCUUGAAGAUUGGGCCCUAAUUAAAAAGAGUUUAACAACUUAUAAACCAGAAAUCCAAAUAUAAAUAAUCCUAUAGUAGAAAUUUUGAAAAGAUUUUGCUAUUUUAAUGUUAAAUUUACUUUUGCAAGUUUAAAGUGGAUUCAUGUCAGUUUUUCAUUUUUUUAUAAUUUAUUCUCAACAAAUUUUUUCAAGUAAUCAAAAUUCGAUUAUCGAAAUAAGAGCACCAAAACCAGUCUAUGAGUAAAUAUUUUGAUCACAUUUUUCGACAUAUAUCCUACACUUAUUUUGUGGCAUUCUAGUUGUUAGUGUUUUUAAGUUCCCACAAAUUUUCGUAGGCAAUUUUUCAUCAAAUGUGUUUAAAAUUUUAUUUUUAUUCUGGUUUAAGUAUGCGUAUGAUAAACGCAAAAACUUUAAUGAUUUGAUUAUAAAUCUGAUUUUGUAAGUUACGUUUGGAAGAACUUGCUAACUAUAUUAGAUUCAAUAGCAUUCAUUCACAAGAGUAUUUUACUGGAUUUUUUCUUUCGAUCUUGAAAUAUUAUUGUUUGGUAUUUUAUCAUAUAAUGCUAAUAACAACCUUUGAAUUUCUAAUUUGAAUAGAGAAUUAAAGAAAAAAAUUAAAGAGACUGGGUGUAACUGAUUUUACAAAUAAUUUUACACCAUUUAAAAAGUUAAGCGAUUAUUUUAUAAAAUUUAAUA